UUCGCAGCAGUCGUUGUGGAAUGCGUCACGUGUUGAGCAAACAAUUCAAUACACUUUGUGUCUUCAAUUAAAAAUUCUCUCCAUCUCUCUUACUCUCUCGCCUUCUAUUGCUCGCUCUAACUAAAUUAGUCACUUUAUUAGCUUUACAAUGUCCGAUGUGAGGAAGCCGCACAACAGAAAGUCGAGCUCCAGGACCAAUUCAAAUUCGAAUUCAGACUUCAGCUCAAAUCCCAACAGCGAUCACUUCAAUCGACCGCAGGCGACGGACUUUACGACCAAGCAGCAUCUGAGGCUGCGAGCUGGCGAUCUACGCCUGGCACGCAUACAGAUCAGCCUCUCCAAACUGCAGCAUGAAAUGGAGCAAUCCAGCAAACAAAUCGCUGCGCUCUGCAAAGAUGUGAAAAUGGAUAAGAACCUGGACGAGGUCCUGCUUCAGUAAAUGUUGAAAUGUAGAAAGAUUCCCAAAUUAUUUAUACGAUGAAAUUAUAAAUACAAGUUGAGUAAACAAGA